UUUUUAAAGAUUAUUCAAAAGGUCUGGAAAUGUUAAAUUGCAUGUUUUUUCCCAAGUUGUCUAGACUUGUGUGUAUUUACAGUCAUACAACACCAGAGGUCGCUCUAUGAACUCCACUAAUCUCCCAACUCUGAGUUUCUGCAGUAGCCAUUUUGAGAGAGAAAUGCACAGAAAAGAAGGCUGUACUUUAGUUGUUUGCUCCAGAAGAGGCUGUUUACUGACACCGUGGCGGUCAGGGGGUGGAAAAAAAUAAGACAAAUUUAUUCAAUUCAAUUUAUUUGUAUAGAGCUUUCCCAUUGUCUCAAAGCAGCUUUACAGAAGUAUGGAAACAGAAGAGAGACAAAAAAGAAAUAAGGAUAAAAAAAAAUAAGGAUAAAAAUAAAUAAAUGAAUAUAUACAAUUAUAUAAAAAAAAAAGUUUAAAAUUAAUUUUGGACAGUCCAUACUAUAACAGGACAAUGAUCCCAAACACACAUCUAAGCUUUGCCAGAGCUAUAUGAAGAAAAAAGUACUAGAAGGAAAGCUGAAAAUAUUAUAAAUAAGAUUUUUUUUAAAUCUUAAUUUUGAUUAUUUAUUGUGAGGCUCAUAGCAAGUUUCUCUAGCAGUUUCUAUAAGCAGGUAAUCUAAUAAUUGCAGUAGCUGCUCUUUUCCCUGUGUACAUCACAACCUAGUACCUGUAAAAAAAUCUAUAUAAUAAAAUAUUAUAGGUUUUUACUUCAGUUAACUAAAACUAAUACGAUAUUUUAAUUAGCAUACAAUAGUGUGUAGAGAUAAAACCUUGUGACAAACAGUCCAACAGGCUGGAAGUGAAAUUCUUCUCCCUCCCCACUUCAUGUUCUUACAUGUUCAGGAUUUGAUGACUUCAUCAUUAAUUCAAGCUCCAAAUCGACAAAAUCCUGGGGAAAAGUUAAAAGAAGAAAAUACUGAUUUUAACUUAACUUCCUGGAGGAAAAGCUGAAAGACCUCAAGAGUGAGAGGGAUUUUCUCAAGAGUCUUCUUAAAGAUGGAGACUAAAGAAGUAGCAGGACCAGCAGAGGAAGAUGAAGCAAUCGGCUCUUCACCAUUUUCACAGAACCCCACAUGACCAAAGGCUAGCUAAACUAAAACUAGUGACCACUCUGCAUCAAUGGCAGACAAGGGGCAAAUCAAACAUACUGCAGCCGUAGUGCUGGGUUGCUUGGAGAGUGUGUCUUCAUUCGCCGAGACCUUCAACCCUCUGUUUGGCAUCGUCACCACACUGGUUGGUGCAGCGAGGAAAGGCCUGGUGGAUGAUGACACAAGCAAGCUGGAGAAGGACUUCCAGCAAAUUCAUGAGAAGUUGGAGAGCAUCUCUGAGCAGAACAAGCAGCUGCUGGACCAGAUCCACACUGCUGAGAUUACCAUAAACUAUGGUAAUUUGGAAAGGAACAUCGAGCACCAGUAUCGAGGCUUCAAGAACAUGGUGGAUCGCAUCAGGAUAGACCCCGAAAAAAGUGAGCGUUAUAGAGAGGAUUUCAAGAAAAUCUAUAGAAAACAAAAAGGCCACCAGAAUUUGAACAGGUAUUAUGAUGCCAUCAUGGAAGACCAGGGUCCUUUUGGGAGGCCGCUACUGAUAUUUUAUCUAGAGCACUACAAGAAGAACAAGGAGAUUAUGGAGGCAAAAUGCUCUCAUCUGGCCUACCUCUUCCACAUCGGCCUCAUAGCACUGAUGGCCUACUAUGUGGUCACUGAGGAUAAUGAGGAUGAGUUCAGGGAAGAAUGGGGCCAAAAGGUCUUUAACAUUCAGACCAAGAUGCAAGAAGUCCUGGAAGAGUGUAACUAGAAGAAGUGAUUCCAGAUUCACUGAAAUUUUGUUAAACCACAGCUGUCUUAGUUUCUUCUGCAUGUGAGAACACAGUUAUUUUUUCUUCCUGAAUUGCUUUUGUAUGUUUAUUAGAUUAGCACUUAAAGAUCUCAAACUUUUUUCAUAUCCUUAUAUGGCUGUAUAUAUAUCAAAAACUAUUGCUGGAUAUACAGUAAAGCUGUAGACAAUAUUUGUGUAUUAUGAUCAGUGUUAUUCAUUUUGGCAGUUUGUUGAAUCAUGGGCUAUAAUGUCUCAGAGCUUAAUUUUACUGCCUAUUAGCUUGGAAAAGGGAGCAUUGUAUAAUCACAUACUUUUUUAUCAGACAUUGAAAUAUUAAAAAAAAAUAAUAGAUAUCAGUUUAAAUCAGAUUAAAUCAUAUUAUUAGUAUGGUCAUUGUAAAAGUCCCAGGAUAUCUUUUAAAGGACUUAAAAUCUUUUCAUGUUUAACCACCACCACAGCACAAUAUGCAAAUUAGCAUGAUUUGCAGCAGUCGACUAGUGACAUCUGCAGGCUUUACAAAGAAUUACAUGGAUACGCUUGCACAGACUUUUAUCUAAUCUUCCCACAUAAAAGACCCAAAAAUUGUCUUGCACAUUUGUCCUCAUGUUAUGUAUGUUAUAUGUUAGUUUUUGUGGAUUUGCUGAAGUUUCUUUUUCGUUUGCACACUUACAGUUACAGGUAAACAUUUGGCUGCGCUGUCUAAAUUCUAUUUCUUUUUUUUUUUGGAAGUGAAAAUAAGUGAGCACAACAGCUAGCACUAACUAUGACUAGCAAUAUCUUCCUGCAAAUGUUCAUGCUGUGAUACUUUAUACUGAUAAACCAAAUAAAAAAGGAAUUUACAGCUAGGAAUGCUUCCAAGUUGAUCAAAUAGGCAAAUCCAAGCAACUUUGUCAUUGCAUAGUGCAGGUAAAUAGCAAUGAAAUGCCGUUUAGUAUGUACCAGAAGUGCAAAUAGAAAAAUGUGCAAAGGAAUAAGUGCGAUGUGAAAAUAUAUGUACAACAAAUAAAUAAAGCUAAAGCAUGGAGUUUGUGCAUUAGCAUACAGCAUAGUAUGUGUACAUUGUAUGUACAACCAAGUAACCAAGAAAUAUAUAGUGUUUGUACAGUUAAUAUACAUAAACAGAGGUGAACAAUGAAUAGAGGUAAGCAAUGAAUUUACAGCUAUAUCCAUUUAUAAUUGGUAGAAAAGAUGUAACAGAAUGUACAGAGUGGAGCAGAACUGCAGGGUGAUUGUACUAAGGCUUUUAAUAUAUUAAAAAUAUAGCGGAUAGGCCUUUGUUUUCAAAAAAUGCAGCAUAUGCAGCACACAAAAUACUAUUCUCUGUGCCUUAAACCACACCAGUCUGUGGUCCAUUACUGAGGUUACCUUCGUGAGUCAGCAUCACAUGCCCGCAUACAAGCUUUACCCAGCUCUUCUGCGUCUGCUUCCUCCCUCUAUUGGGUUACUCUGCAUUCAUUGGUGAACACGAGGAGGGGCUGAGCAGGAAGUGGAUAAAGAAAGCCAAGAGAAUGUGCAAAAGAAGAUGUAGGAGGUGCUGUUAUUCAACUUCCCCAUACACACAGGCCUCCCUGUGUUUACCACAGCAGGCUAUCCCACGUUACAUUGCAUACAUAUUUAGAUCCCCAUUAUGAGCAAUACAAUGGCAAAUAAAACCUCUGUAAGCUAUUUUCUUUCCAUGAUAAAGAAAUCUUAAGAGGAACCAGACUCAUAAAGGACACUAUCUUCUUUCUGGGAAACACUGGAUAGUGCAUUAAUGCUUUAUUAAUUUUCCACAUUAAACGGUCAAACAGUACAGAAUGGGUUUAAUGGUCUUGAGUAGAAGCAUCAGAUCACGGCAUCACGGAUUGCAUGUAGUAGAUUUAACAAAAUAAAAUAAGUAAAAAUAUUACACAUUAUUAGGCACAAGAUGAAUGCCAAAGCUAUAAGACCAAAGCACAUCAGGGUAAA